CAAAGGAUGCUUCAAGGGUUUUGUACAAAUUUGUGAUUGCAGUUUUCCUAAUGGAAGAGAUAAAAGAAAGCUUAGCAUUUAAAGGCAUUGCUGAGAGACUGACACUUGGUAUUACUCGAAUACUCGAGAACAUGCCUGGUGUGGUCGAUGUGCGUUUUGUAGAGAGGGAGCCUGCAGAGAAGAGGAGCCUGCUGUCGUGGGAACAGAAAAACACUUGUAUUCUGCCAGAGGAUCUGCGAGAUUUCUAUCUGACAACCGAUGGAUUUACACUUACCUGGAGCGUUAAACUAGACAAUGAGUGUGUUCCCUUAGGAUGCAUGAUGAUUAACAGUGUGGCCAGGCUGUGCCCACUGCUCCAACCAGUAUCAUUAUUCUCGCUACCCAAUGCACCCUCACUGGCUGACCUGGAGUGGGAGGAGAACAGCACGCAAAGCGGGAUGGGGCAUGCUCCUGCUGCACCCCAUUUUGAUUCGCGGAGCCGCAUCUUCGAGCUGGAUUCCUGUGGUGGGAACGGCAAAGUGUGCCUAGUCUACAAAAACUGCAUCCCAGGUGUUGUAGCCCAGCAGAGUGAAAUUUGGUUCCUUGACCGCUCACUGUGCUGGCAUUUUCUGACUGCAACCUUCACCUCCUACUACCGACUGAUGAUCACCCACCUGGGUCUGCCUGAGUGGCAGUAUGCCUUCACCCCAUAUGGCCCCAGCCCCCAGGCCAAGCAGUGGGCAUCGCUGUACCAGCCACUGACUUUCAGCAGUGAGCUCAGCUUGGCUGAUCAUGCUGGAGAUUCCCAUCUCAACAAGCUGGAUCCUGCAAAGGCCUUUAAAGGUAAAGCCAAGGCACCCGUCCCCAAGAAGAAGCAGUCGACACAGUGCAGCUUAGGAAGCACUAUCAAGAACCAAAGCAGCACAGGAAAACACAUUGGGGCAAAGCGGUGAGAACCUUCCCAUCUAAGGAAAACAUUUCAACCAACUCUCCUGUCUAUACAACAAACAUGGCUUAGAGAAGCAGUGUGCUAUUCAGUCAUUGGCUUGGACUGACCCUGGAUGGAGCAGCUCUGUGCUCCACAAGAGCAUGUUGACCCAAACUAAGGUUGGAAUACUGCAUGUCUAAAUGGAUAUAUAACCAGGGGUGUCCUCGGCUCAACACAAGGCAAUAGUGGUCUUUCUGAUCUAAACAGUUGUUUCUAACCUUGUUUAAUUUUAGAGGUCUCAUGUUGUUAGAGCAACCCCCCCUCCCAAAACCCACCCAACAACCUGGCUUAGGUCAUUACAAAACAUGUGGUUGGUCUUUCAUACAUUUGAAAACACUAGGUCUUGUCACACUAUUGUGAUAAUCCUGCUACUCAUUUUUGUUUACCUUUCACUGCUUAGUGUUAGUGAUGGAGAAAUGAGGCUUUCUGAAGCAGCACUGAGACUUUCCAGCCAAUUGCAUCACCAAUAGAUUCAUUACUGGAAGCCUCAUUUAACACAGUGUUCACUAGUGACACCUAGUGUUAAAAAUAAUUCAAAGCAGCCAAGUCAGAAAAGAUGAUCAUGUGCUGCUGACAUAGCAGAAAUAAUACUGACACGUUGUAAAAAAUGACACCACUGUUGUAACCAACAAGGGCGCACUAAUACUCACUGCAUCAGUUUAGAUUAUUGCCACAAGGCUUGGUUUCAAUUUUGAAUGUAUCCCACAACAAUAACAUAUACAAGAUUUUGCAAAAAUGGGUAAAUGAUUUCAGUUUUAUGACUGAAGACUUGUAUCUUCAACUUGAAACUCAACAUGAAAUGAUCACAUGGUUCCACAGAGAGAAACUGAUCACAUGACCCACCAUGCCAUGAUACUGAGCAGCAGUGGAAAGUGCUGUAUCUGCUUGACAGCUGCCUCAGAGCUUCAGUAUCAAGUGUUUCAGUCCUUCGGGGUGCAUGCAAAUGUGAACCGUGAAAUGGUCUGUGUUGCAUUAUCAAAGACCGCCAAUAAAGAAUGAAGCUUUGCUUCAGUAAUGCAAGUUCUUCACUGGCCAUUGCAUCACUGUCGUGCCUCACUGAUGUUGUGUUCCUCUGUAAUCUUCACAAGCAAAAAAAAUGAGUAGUGAUUUUUGCCUAAUGACAUCUGCUCUGAUGAUCCAUCAAUGAACUGAUGCGAGGAGGUUAUAUUACAGCAUUUUGACAAUAACGUUCUUAGCUUUGUUUAUUUAGAGCUCUUUAAUGCUAAAAGUAUAGUGCUGAGCAGACUUAGGCCCAAUCCCAAUGCCCCUCCAAGGCCUUAAGGCCUGAACCUAAACAGACUUGGUUGAGAUCAGCCUCUCACACUCAACUGCUUGAGUGUGAGAGGCUGCAAAAUGGUAUAAGUAGGAAUGGCACAACACCUUCCAACAUAUCAAGUUACCUUGUGGGUUUGGGACCUUUUUUAGUUUAUGUUUUUUACUUAUUUACUCAUGCCAAAGGAACUUGAGGCUCCGACUGCAUGAUUUGGUUGAUGAUUUGAUUUCUGUAAACUUCCUUUUUCUUGUAGUGGCUCCUUCCAUGUUUGUUUACCUUUGAUUUAUUUUAAUUAAAACAAGAAUAAUGUACAAACAUACAGAUAAACAAUAGCAGCACAUACACAUCAAAUUGAAAUGUCACAAAGACGUUUGCAGAACAUGAAAUGAACACAACAGAGUACACAUAUACACCAAUAUCAACAUAUUCAGUCAGAGGUUUCAGGAAAAAAAUGUUCCUUAAUGUUUCAAAGGUUAUUACUUUUUUGUUGUUGAAUAAACAAUGAUUUAAGUGGAGAAAUCAGUUCUAGGGGAAACCUGAGAUCUUAAAAGGGGGAUUUAGGAAAUUUUAAAUGAAAUUAAUCAGACAUUCAAGAGCAGCAUCAUCUGGGUUAUCGUAGUGACAAAUAUGUUCAUCUUUCUUUUUUAACGCGAUGAACUGUGCGUAAUUCACUCAGGCUGUCUGCAGAAAUGCGGACUUUCAGCAAGUGUGCAUAAAGGGCUCAAAAUGUCUGCGAGAGAGCCCUCAUGCACUUGAUGAUUUGACAGUGGGACAGCCCUAAGCCCUCGUGGACUCACCUCAGAGUCCAUGAGUCAGUGAGUGUGGACAUUGGGAUUGGGCCCUAAUAGACAUUUAGGAUUAAAUGUCUAUUUAAUCCUAAAUGUCUUUUCAAGUACUUUGAAGAUCCCACAUAGAUAAUGAAGAAACAGUUACAUCUUCUGGCUUUAGGCUGCUGAGCACUGGAUUGUUGGAAAGAUGAACAUGUAUAUUAUCGCUAUGGCCCCGCAGAGCAGUGAGGAGCCACUCCUGUUCCUAUUUUAUUCUCAAAAAGAUGCAUGUUUAUCUAAGUGCAAUGUAUAGGGGGCUGUUUACUUUUCUCUGUACACACUGUAGUUUCCAAGCUCAUGUAAGUGGUCUCUGUUGAUUAUUCUAAUGAAUGAUAUUUUAGUGUCUUCCAAGUUUAUAUCAGCUGCUGUUG